AUGAGGAAAACCCUAGUCUUCUACACUGGACGUGCUCCUCAUGGCCACAAAACUGACUGGAUCAUGCAUGAGUACCGUCUCGACGACGACGAUAAUGCAGAAGUUCAGGAAGAUGGAUGGGUUGUAUGUAGGGUUUUCAAAAAGAAAAACACAAGCAGAGGUUACCAGCAAGAAAUUGAAGAAGAAGAUCACAUAAUAAACCACAUGAGAUCAACAAAUGGAGGUCCAUGCCACCAGAUGCUAGAGCAAAAACAUCAUCAUCACAUGCAACAAUUAGGACUGUAUGAUUACAACAACAACAACACCUUUGAUGGCUCACCAACAACAAAUACUAGCUCUGGACUUAAUCUCAUGCAGCAACAACAUCAUCAACAAGGAGAGAGGUUGAUCAAUGGCGGUGAUUGGUCAUUUUUGGAUAAACUACUUUCAUCUCACAAUGGAAAUAUGGAUCAGAAUCUCAGAAACAAAUUAUGUAACCCUCUUCAUAAUCAGCAGGCUGCAACUGCUGAUGUUGGAUCAACUUCUGCUCAGAAAUUUCCAUUUCAUUACCUUGGUUGUGAGCCUCAUCCUCAUGAUAUUAUGAAAUUUUCAAAGUAA